CCUCCCUUCUCUCACUCUCUGUCUUUCUCUCUCUCUCGGUCUACAUCGCCAUGGAAGACGACCAGAGGGUCAUAGAUCUAGUCAAAGAACUAGUCCACCGUUUACUCAACACACAAUCUCCUACCGAUUCACUCUCAAAUCGUAAGAAUACUAACACUGCUACUUCUACCACUACUCAGUACCAGCAAGCUUUGAAGUACGCGAUUCGAAUUCUCUCCAGCCGAAUGACCCCUUCAAUUUCUGCCGAUGAAGCCGCCAUGGCCGAGUCCAUCAAGCGACAGCUUGCAACCAAAGGUAAAUCCUCCGAUGCCCUAACAUUUGCCGAUCUCUAUUCCAAAUUUGCAUUAAAAACCGGCUCUGGAAGCGUAAAUAAUAAGUGGGCUGUUCUUUAUUUGCUCAAAGUAAUAUCUGAAGAUCGGAGAAACCAUAAAACCCGUUCCGAUUCUAGGGUUUUGAACGGUUAUUUUGGUCCGGCAUUAUCUGGAGGCUUACCGGCGUUGUUUGAAAAUAAAUUAAUUGAGAAUUCUCGAGAUUUUAACAGUACUUUUAGGGUUUUGAGCAGAAAGGAAAGAAUCGAAAAGAGUUUGAAUGAUGGGCUUUUGAAUGAUAAUUUAAGUGGUUCAACUGAUAAUGUGCAAAAAUUACGGGGUAUGAGUGAUAAUUUGCAAAAAUUAAGGGGUGUCAGUGAUAAGUAUAGGGGUUCUAAUGAUAACGUUGGAGGUUUUAGUGAUAAUUUGAGGGGUUUGAGGAAUAGGGAAAAUCUUGAGCAGGGUUGGAAUGGUGGAGUUUUGAUGGUUUCAAAGGACUCGGAAAAUAUACGUAAUAUAGCAUAUAGGGAGUUUGCGAAUUUUGUGAAGGAAGAGAAUGAGGUUUCGGAGGAGGUCUUGGUGAGGGAUGUGUUGUAUGCUUGUCAGGGAAUUGAUGGGAAGUAUGUGAAGUUUGAUAAAAAUGUUGAUGGUUAUGUGUUACCCGAUUUAGUUAAGAUUCCGAGGGCUACUAGAACUUUGGUUCGGACGCUUUGUGAGCUUGGGUGGUUGUUUAGGAAAGUGAGAGGGUAUAUAUCAGAGAGCAUGGAUCAAUUUUCAGCUGAAGAUGUGGGGACUGUUGGGCAAGCAUUUUGUGCUGCUUUGCAAGAUGAGCUUUCAGAGUAUUACAAGUUGUUAGCCGUGUUGGAAGCACAAUCAAUGAAUCCCAUUCCAUUGAUCUUGGAAAAUGCAAGCUCAGGGAAUUAUUUGUCUUUAAGAAGACUGUCGGUUUGGUUUGCUGAGCCAAUGGUGAAGAUGAGGCUAAUGGCUGUUUUGGUUGAUAAUUGUAAGGUUCUAAAGGGUGGGGCGAUGGCUGGGGCAAUUCACUUGCAUGCACAACAUGGUGAUCCGCUUGUGCACGAUUUUAUGAAACGGUUGCUUCGUCGGGUGUGCUCUCCUCUUUUUGAGAUGGUGAGGAGUUGGGUUCUAGAAGGGGAGCUUGAAGAUAUUUUUGGUGAAUUCUUUGUUUUAGGUCAGCCAGUAAAAGCUGAGUCUCUUUGGAGAGAAGGUUACGGGCUCCAUGCUGCUAUGCUGCCUUCUUUUAUCUCACAGUCUCUUGCCCAGCGCAUUUUAAGGACUGGGAAGUCGAUCAAUUUCCUUCGGGUUUGUUGUGAGGAUCGUGGUUGGGCUGAUGCAGCAACAGAAGCUGCAGCUGCUGCUGGGACUACAACUAGGAGAGGAGGUCUUGGGUAUGGUGAAACCGAUGCACUUGAAACUUUGGUCAGUAAAGCAGCAAAGAGAAUAGAUAAGCAUUUGAUGGAUGUUAUGUACAAUCAGUACAAGUUCAAAGAACAUUGUCUUGCAAUUAAGCGAUAUUUAUUGCUUGGGCAAGGUGAUUUUGUUCAGUAUCUGAUGGAUAUUGUUGGGUCGGAGCUCUCUGAGCCUGCUAAUACUAUCAGCUCAUUCAAGCUUGCGGGGCUGUUGGAAAGUGCUAUUAGGUCAUCUAACGCACAGUAUGAUGAUCCUGAUAUACUGGAUAGGUUGAGGGUCAAGAUGUUGCCUCAUAACACUGGAGAUAGGGGCUGGGAUGUAUUUUCUUUGGAAUAUGAUGCUAGGGUUCCACUAAAUACUAUCUUUACAGAGUCAGUUAUGGCAAGGUAUCUAAGAAUCUUCAAUUUUUUGUGGAAGCUUCGAAGGGUGGAGCAUGCACUUAUUGGUGCUUGGAAGACGAUGAAACCGAAUUGUAUUACUUCUCGUUUCUUUACUAAGCUUCCACAAGCUGUUAAGUUGCAGUUAAUUUUGACAUCAAGGCGAUGCCAAGUUCUUUGGGAUGAGAUGAAUCAUUUUGUUACAAAUUUGCAGUGCUAUAUCAUGUUUGAAGUCUUGGAGGUUUCAUGGUCUAAUUUUUUGAAUGAAACGGAAGCAGCUAAGGAUCUCGAUGAUUUACUUGCAGCACAUGAAAAGUAUCUCCAUUCGAUAGUUGAGAAGUCUCUCCUGGGUGAACGGUCCCAAACCCUUUAUAAGUCUCUAUUUCUUUUGUUUGACCUUAUUUUGCGAUUCCGAAGUCAUGCAGAUCGGUUGUAUGAAGGCAUUAUUGAGUUGCAAGCUAGGACUGUGGUGCCUUCUUUGCCUUCAGGAGACAAAAUCAAGCCAAGGAGGCCUUCAAAUGAUAAAUCUUCAGAACCUGGGUCGUGGCUUGGUGAAGGCAGGAAGGCCUUAACACAACGUGCUGGUGAAUUUCUUCGAAGUAUGGGACAAGACAUAGAUGCAAUUUCAAAGGAAUAUUCAUCACUGUUUCAGGGGUUCAUUUCUCAGUUGCCUGUGCAGCAACACAUUGAUCUGAAGUUCCUUGUGUUCCGGCUGGACUUCACUGAAUUUUACAGACAGUCGCGAGAAAGCUGCUAGUAUUUGAGUUCAAUCAGAUGUUUUCCUCUAAGCCCUAUAAAACUUGUGUUUUGGUUUACCCAUCGCUGCCCAGAAUGUGAUUAACAUCACGCCGGUGGUUGUCUGACUUUAGGACCUAGCAAGUUUGCACAUCAUUGCUUGUUUUUAGACUUCAGAUGGAAAUCGCUCUGUUCCAGAUGAUGCGUGUUUGGACGGCUUUAAAUUGAGUUGAAGGUAUGUAUUGCUGUGACAGUCAUUCUGUCAAUAUUGGUGUAUACACAUUGUAUUUGGUGGUCAAGAACGUGUUGGGUUUUACUCCCAGCUAUGCAGACUGUUGAUCUUGAGCCUGUACCUCUGUAAAAUAGUUUUGUAUUGGCUUAAUUACUGAUAGGUAACUCGUGCUGAUUGUUUAAUUUCCACUGCCUUUCGUGUUUCUUUGGUCUUCACCAACCUUUGUAAUGUAGCUCUUUAUGGGCAUAAUGCUAAGCAACGAGUGCUGAUUAUUCUUUACAAUUGCCUUCAUCAGCUCAUCUUAAACGCC